GCAAUUCAUAUUUUGCAUCAUCGACCAUCGAAUCUUUUGUUGUCAUUUUUAAAUAUUACUUCUUGUCUUAAAAAAUAUGGCAAAUCUUUAUAAAUAUACAGAGCUAGUUAAACUACAAACACCUUAUGCAAAACGAAUGCAGUACUUAUCAAACCGGAUAUUUGGAGAAGUUGCUAGGCAAACAAAUGAAAAAUCCAUGAAGGUUGUAAAAAUGCUGGAAGAGGAACCUUAUCAUAAACGAGACUAUGUUGUCAAUUGGUACCCAAGACAUGUAGAAACGCAUUCAUUAAUGUGGAAUUUAAGAAAUUAUGGAUUAUAUCGAGAUGAACAUCAGGAUUGGAAGGAUGAGAUGAAACGAUUGCGUUAUCUUAGAGGCAAGAGACCACCACAAAAAGGACAGGGAAAGAAGGCAUCGACAAAAAAAUAAAAUGGUCGAUUAAAAUGUAAUAGUUAACUAGAAUACAAAAUAAAUAAUAACUUUAUUCAUUUAACAA